CGAAAUGGCAAUCCGCCCGACCAUCUGCACACAAUUUGACCAGGCGGCAGAUUAGGUCGUGCUUGCCGUGUCAAGGGAACUUCCCUUGGAUGUUUCAGACAUAUUCGAGGUUAACUCAGUUUGGAUGUCCUACGUCAAAAAGAAGAUCCUUUUGAAUAACAACCCUCGUCAUCGUCGCUACAUCGUCCAACUACCCGUACCUAUCCCGAUACCUACCGCUACUACACCCCCACGAUACCCAUCUCCGCCUCCGCAAAUUCAACGCAGUCAGGAUGACGCUAACACUAAUGAUGACAACGAUGACGACAGCGGCGGUGAUAAUCGCAAAGAUGAUGCCUCCAAAACAUGUUCGAAUACGCGAACUGAAGAGGCAGAGCAGCUUCAAGAUGAUGGAGACCUGAACAACGCCAACAGUGGAUCUUCAUGUCUUGCUUACUUCACUAAUCCUUCGGGUACCCAGAAUGAACCUUCAGCUCCGGCCAGUCAUAGCCAUGCAGUAGAAAUAAAUGUGUCAACGGGAUAUACUGCGGAUACAGAUAAUCUCCCUUCACAUGAGCAUAGUGACGCACCCGCACCUUCCCCCACCCCAGCUCCCGCGGAUAUUCCUAGUCCUUACUCCUUGACCAACUCCUACGACUUGCAGAAGACAUUCCGGCAGAGUGUUUCCCUACAAGACUCAUCGUAUAUGAUCCAUUUGACCUCUCGUUCGGCAACGAUCCAGAUAACGACCCUCAUUUUUCCCCGAAUAUAGACGAUAAACGGUAUGGGGAUGCAGAACCGAUCAAAUAUAGGCGUCUCUAUCCC